AUGGAUCAUCAAAAAUUAAAUUAUUUAAUUAUAAUUAUUUUAUUAUUUUUAACUACUUUUAUAUAUUUUGGAAACUCAAGUCUUUUAAAAAUUGAAGAUAUAAGGGAAAAUAAUAAUUAUAAUUAUAUUUUUUAUAUAAAUCCAAAUAUAGUAAAUAAUGAUAAUAAAAUCAAUAAUAAUAAUAUAAAUAAAAAUAAAUUUUGUGGAAUUAAUAUAAAUAAUAGUUGUUCAACAAUUAGUAGUGCAAUAAAUUCAUUUAAACAACAAAUUUUAGAUGUUAACCAUAAAUAUCAAUCAUUAACAUUAUUAUUAAUGGAUGGUAUAUAUAAUUUAAAUCAAGAAAAUGGUUCCGAAAUUACCAUUAUUGGAAUGAAUUUAACAAUCAAACCUUUUAAUUUUAAAAACCCAAAUAUAAUAAUAAAGGGUUCAAUUAAUAAUAAAAAUAAAAAUAAUAAUCUUUUUACAAUAAUAAAUAAUAAAGAUAAUAUAAAUAGUAAUAUAAAAUUAAUAAAUUUAAAAUUUCAACAAAUAAAAUCUACAACUUUAAUAAAUUAUCAAAUUGAUUCAAAUAAAAAUAAUAAUAACGAAAAUAUAAUUAUUUUAAAUAAUAUUGAAAUUAUUGAUUCAAAUAAUAUUAUAAUUGUUUCAAAUUUAGUUGGAUCAAAACUUUUUAUAUCAGAUCUUUAUUUAAAAAAUAAUAGUGAUAAUAAUAAUAAUAAUAAUAAUUAUAAUAAUUAUAAUAAUUCUUUAAUUAAUUUACAAUCUUCAAAAUUAUUUUUAAAUAAUACCAUUUUAGAAAAUAACGAGUUUUCAAAUUGUAUUUAUGAUAAUUCAAAUUCAACAAUUGAAAUUAAUAAUAAUUUUAUUUUAAGUAAAAAUAAUAAUAAUAAUAAUAAUAAUAAUUUCUUAUUUUGUAAAACAAGUUGCUUAAUUAAAAUAAAUAAAAAUGAAAAUGAAAAUAAUAAUUUAAAACAAUUAGUUAUCGAAUCAACUAAAUCAAAAAAUUUAUCAAAAAUUAUUAUUUGUGAUAUAUCUAAAUUAACAACAACAACAACAACAACAACAACAACAACAACAAUAACAAAAAAACAAGAAGAAGAUUAUAAAUGUGAAAUUGAAAUUAUUUCACCAAUUUUAAAAGAAGAAAUUAUUACUACUGAUAAAAAAAAAAAUUAUGGUAAGAGUGAUGAUACUAGUGAUGAGUCUAGUGAUGGUGGUAAUAGUCAAGAAAAACAAUUUAUGAAAUCAUUGGAAAUAUUUGUAGUGUGUAUUGGUUUAAUUAUUGGUUUUGCAAUGAUUGUAUCAGCAAUUUAUUAUUUAAAUAAAUGUUAUUUAAAAUAUCAUCCUGAUUAUUAUUCAGAAUAUAAUUACGAUAUUAUUCCAGAUUUAUAA